UGACACACAAAUCUCCGUCAUUCAGUGCGAAACGUCAUUAAGUCUUGUAAUUAUCCGCUAUAAAAACGAACACCACACACACUGACUAGAUAAACUUUUAGUAUCAUUUUUCAGUUGGGCUCACGUCAACCCGCUCAGACUGCUUAAGAGCACACGCAAUAAUCAAAUAAGUAGUAUUUAAAUAAAUAAUAAUCAAAAUGAUCGUAAUCGGUAUAAUGGCGUCGUUAGUCUGUCAAAUGAACGGCCAACAUUUAGCUCGCCAAGACCGAGAAGCUGUGGAUUUGGAAGCAAUGCCGUUGAAUAAACUAUUGGAAAUGAAGAAAGCGCUUAAGCCAACGGAUUUCCCCUCAAGCCGAACGGAAGAGCCCGUCGAACAGAGUACACGUUUGCCCAACGCUUUAGCUCUGCGACGAACAGACUUUUUAGAAUCGACUGCUGGCAGUUCAGUGCAAACGGCAUUUCAGAUGUCGUUGACUGUGCUGUCUUUCUUGGCGUUCGGCGGCUACGUGAUCAGCUUGAUCGCUCAGAAUAUGCGCAAGCCCACUCAAUUAGACGGUAUGACGGCCCCUCAAACUCUGAACAAAGUGGUGGUAAAUCAAAACAGGCGACCAUUCAGACCCUCUGCUACCACAGCUGUCGGUUUUGGCCGGCGCAAACGGAGUCGGAGAUACACUUGAACCGAUGUCGUACACUUGUUGAAAUUCAAAACCCUAAAGUGAUUAAAUUAUUACAAAAUUGUUAUCCUAAUUGCAAAUACUAAUAAUUAAUUUCACGUUAACACAUAAAUCCAUAUAAAAUUGCACUCUCUGCAUUUUUUGAUUUCAUAUUUUGACAAACCAAAUUUACUUUCUAAAUUAUAACCCCUUUAGUACCUACAUCUUGAGCACGUACGCCCAUUACCUUUUCAUGAGCGAACAGAUUCAACAUGAACUCGACGGGUUUUAUAUGGU